CAGGUGAGGUUGAUGACGUCAAGCAGGAAGUGGACACGCGGAGUUCAGUGAGGUCUGAAUUUGCUGCCGCUACGUCGGUCGAUUUUCUGACGGAAAUUAAUUAGUUUGAGAGGAAAAGUGGCGAGAGAUGUGCACGUUUGACAAGGACAAAGAGCCAAGGAGGCUGAUGAAAAAAGGAUUAGCUCUCAUCCUGAUCGGACAUAUUAACUUCAUCCUUGGAGCUAUUGUCCAUGGCAGUGUCCUCCGCCACAUUUCCAAACCCAGUCAACAUAUUUCCACCGAAUACACGGUAGCCAACAUCAUCUCUGUCACCUCUGGCCUGUUGAGCAUUUCCUCUGGGAUCAUUGCCAUUGUGGUGUCAAGGAACAUUCAUGUUUCGAAACUGCAAAUAGGACUCAUUGUUACAUCAUUUUUCAACAUCCUGCUCUCUGCAGCAUGCUGCGUUGGUCUCCUCUUGGCAAUUAGUGUCACAGUCGCCCACAGUGGGCAAGGUUUGAUGCAGGGGUGCAAUGCCACAGAGGUGCCCAUCAAUGCCCGGUCACCUGUCAGUGCCCAGUGCCCCUUUGAUACAACCCGCAUUUAUGACACCACCCUGGCCUUAUGGAUCCCCUGUGCUGUGCUGGCAGCAGCUGAGGUUGGACUGUCUGUCUGGUGUUUCAUCGUUGGAUUGGCUCUCAGGGGAAUGGCACCCUGUGGGAACAGCUACAUCAAAGAGCAGUUUGAGGAAGGAGCUGAGCGUUGGCCACAUAGCCGGCGUCUGAUUGGACAUCGCCUCAACCCUGAUGUCUAACCAGGAAGGAUAAACAUUGGCUUAAAACAAGCACAGCUAAAUCCCAGAAGGCACCACUGCACCUGUGUUUUUGAGACUAGUAUUUCUUUUUUCUUUUUUUUUUUACCUGUAU